AUUGCAUUCUUGGAAGCCCAGGGUUCGGCCAUUUUAUGUCUGCCUGAGGACAGCGUUGGCGAGGGUCUGGUGCGGGUUGCGCGUUGUCGACGUUUGUAGUUUCGCUCAUUGAGCCGUCGUCAUGGGAAGGAAGAAGAAGAAGCAGCUGAAGCCUUGGUGCUGGUAUUGUAACAGGGAUUUUGAUGAUGAGAAAAUUCUUAUUCAGCACCAAAAAGCAAAGCACUUUAAAUGCCAUAUAUGUCAUAAGAAACUAUACACUGGACCCGGUUUAGCUAUACACUGUAUGCAGGUACAUAAAGAAACAAUAGAUGCAGUUCCAAAUGCUAUACCUGGAAGAACUGACAUUGAACUGGAAAUCUAUGGAAUGGAGGGCAUUCCAGAAAAAGACAUGGAUGAAAGGAGAAGGUUGCUUGAACAAAAAACUCAAGCUGAAAGCCAGAAAAAGAAACAACAAGAUGACUCUGAUGAAUAUGAUGAUGAUGAAUCUUCAGCUUCAACCUCAUUUCAAGCACAACCUGUGCAACCCCAGCAGGGAUAUAUACCACCAAUGGCACAACCAGGCUUGCCUCCUGUGCCAGGCGCACCAGGAAUACCUCCAGGUAUACCACCAUUAAUGGCAGGUGUUCCACCCAUGAUGCCUGGAAUGCCUCCAGUGAUGCCUGGAAUGCCACCUGGGAUGAUGCCAAUGGGUGGCAUGAUGCCGCCAGGGCCAGGAAUCCCACCUCUCAUGCCUGGUAUGCCACCAGGUAGGUCAGGAAUGACGAAUCCCUACUGUGGUAUGCCCCCACCUGUUGGUCCUCGCCCAGGUUUGCCUCCGAUGACACAAGCACAACCUGUGACUGCACAAGGUGUUCUGAACAGACCUCCAGCUCCUGUUGUUGCAGCACCAACCCCUCAGCCUCCAGUUACUAAACCACUUUUUCCCAGUGCAGGACAAAUGGGGACACCUGUCACAAGCUCAAGUACAGCUUCAUCCAAUUCAGAACUGUCAGCACCUUCUAAAGCUCUGUUUCCUAGCACAGCACAAGCUCAGGCAGCUGUUCCAGGGCCAGUUGGUACAGAUUUCAAACCUUUGAACAAUGCGCCUGCAACUACCACAGAACCCCCCAAACCUACAUUCCCUGCUUACACCCAGUCUACAACUUCGACCACUAGUACAACAAACAGUACUGCAGCUAAACCUGCUACUUCUAUAACAAGUAAGCCUGCUACCCUUACGACAACCAGCGCAACCAGUAAGUUGAUCCAUCCAGAUGAAGAUAUAUCAUUGGAAGAAAGAAGAGCACAGUUGCCUAAAUAUCAGCGUAAUCUCCCUCGACCAGGACAGGCAUCCAUGGGCAAUCCACCUGUUGGACCAAUUGGAGGGAUGAUGCCACCACAGCCAGGAAUUCCCCCACAACAACAAGGAAUGAGACCACCAAUGCCACCUCAUGGUCAGUAUGGUGGUCAUCACCAAGGCAUGCCAGGAUACCUGCCUGGUGGUAUGCCUCCAUAUGGCCAAGGACCCCCAAUGGUGCCUCCUUUUCAAGGUGGACCCCCCCGACCACCGAUGGGAAUGAGACCUCCAGUAAUGUCGCAAGGUGGCCGCUACUGAUGCUACUGCAAGCGCUCUAAUAGGUUUGGAGAUUAAACCUUUUCUCAUCUUGUGCUGUUAAUAUAGCCAAGCUUCCAUCAAUUAAAACUUCGUUGUGACUUUUAGGAAAAAAAACAAUUCCACAUACAAGGAACUGUUGGACGUUCUUAUUUUACAUGGGGAAAAUUUAUUUAGAAUAUUAAAACAGAACUCUCCCUAAUGUUGCAAUUUACACUGUAUGGCUUCUUUUUCAUGUUUCAUCUAGGUUUUUAGAAGUGAAGUAUAGUAAAUAUGGUUCGUUAAAUUGUGAAGGCGCUGGAAUUACAUGAACGUACCAUCUUAAAGGCAAGUUCUGUAACCUUACGUUGCUGUUCAUAAAAUGAUGCCUUCACAGCACUUCAGGUGCUGUUGGACUUCACGUCCCCAACAAUAGUUUGGUGAGGGCUUUAACUGUUACCAUCUACUUGUAUGCUUAAGUCCGAACGUGUAACAAUAUUUAGUGUAUUUAGAGUUCUCCUGUUGCAGGGUUUAUAAAAUUUAUCCACUAAGUUCAUGUGACUUUCUGUAUUGUUCAACUUCAUUGUAAUAAAAUUAAAGAAAAAAAUUGUCUUUUUAUUCAUGACCAGCUGUGGACAACUCCCUGAAGGUUUGUACUGAUGCACAUAAUGGUAGCUUGUGGUGUAAUAAACACAAAUAUCCUUAUGCUGUUUGAUAUACUGAGUUAUUUAAACAAAAAGUCACUACUUUCUGUUGUAGCUGACUUGUGAUCAAGUAGGCAUAGACCUGUACAUUUAUUAACCAGUUGCCAGCAAAAGAAUCUGAAGAAUAUGAUGUUAAAAGAACUUUCUUUUUUUUCUGUUUAUCAGUGCAGCUUUCUUUAUUGCAGCCUCUAGGCUGUCUCAUAUCUCAUUUUAUCAUCCUAUUGGUGUCCUGUGUUUCCAGUUCAUUAAUGUCUUUCUACUAAGUAAAUUUUAUUGCAAAGCACAUUUCUUGUUCUGGUUUGACUGGACUCUUAGAACCAUCCUUGUUUUAAGGUGGGGACCUCAAGCUAGUCUACAUCCACUUUCCGCUCUCGUCAUUCUGAAUCGGUUGCUGAAUAGCAAAUCAACGCUUCAGUAAAUCUGAAUUAUUCAGCAGGCCUGUUCUGAAUGGGACUAACAGGUAGAUUUGGCCUACGUUAUUUAGUAGCAUGAUUGUAGUGUACUUAUUUGAUGAGAAUCACCAUAAGAUCAUUAAUUUCAUUCUGAGCCUGUCCUUGGUUUAGGACAUGAAAAAGCAUUUCUACUUGUAAAUAGCUAAAAACACUGAGGCUGUUGAAGGAUAUGGGAAGUGAAGAGCAAUCUUCAGCUGUCAUUUUACCUAGGCUGAAUCCCAUUUAUGAAACUUCACAGGAAAUCAAGAUUCUUUUUUUCAUUGGAUUGAUAGCAAGUACAGUACUAUGAACUGAAGGGAACUGUAUGUUUGGGAUGUUUUGCCUGAAAAAAUUAUGUUAUUUUCUUUUGUGUUGUAUUUAUUAGUUCAUAGCUUUUUUUAAUAGCUUCCGGAUACUAGCAAGGCCAAGUAUUUGCAUGAGAGAUGGGAGAAACAAAACACACUUAGGUUUUGUUCUUGCUUCCUCGCUUGAUUAUGAACGCAAAUUCUGUCAUUGAAAUAAACUCCCCCAACAAUU